AUGGCAGUGACUAAGGUGGCAUUGAUUGCUUCAGUGAUGGCAUGCAUGCUCAUAGCAUCAUGCCUUUAUGCUGAAGCAACCUUGACAUGUGAUCAAGUCACUAUAUGGCUCACUCCAUGCAUAAGCUAUGCAGUGAUGGGAGGAACAGUGUCACCCUUGUGCUGCCAAGGUAUAUACUCUAUUAAUGCAGCCUACAAGAGUGCAGAAGAUAGAAGAGGUGCAUGCCAAUGCAUUAAGGAUAAAGCUGCUUACAUUCCUGGAAUUGAUUAUCAUCGUGUUAAUGCAAUUCCUGGCAAAUGUGGCACCAAAUGUCCCUACAAAGUUUACCCCUCCACUAACUGCUCCAAGUGA